UCUUAACUUCUUUAAAACUGAUCUUGAAUGCAUACAUCCCCCAAACGCAGCUUCCUAAUCCUAUGGAAUAAUUCAACUCGUGAAUGCACUUGGAGCCCUAGAUGACCGCUUUAUAAGGCAGCUCCUUGGAGCUGGGAGGCUGCAGUCUACCUGGGACACUAAAAGAGACACAGAGGCAGAGAGUGGACGGGUGCCUUGCGCCACUGCGUCUCCCGAGGGCGCGUUCCCACCAGGAUGUCAGACAAGCUCAAGGAACGCAAAAGAACCCGCGUUUCCCACAAAGUAAUAGAAAAGCGGAGGAGGGACCGGAUUAACCGCUGUUUGAACGAGCUGGGCAAAACGGUGCCCAUGGCCCUGGCGAAGCAGAGUUCCGGGAAGCUGGAGAAGGCGGAGAUCCUCGAGAUGACCGUUCAGUACCUGAGGGCGCUGCACUCGGCUGAUUUCCCCCGGGGAAGGGAAAAAGCAGAACUGUUAGCAGAGUUUGCCAACUACUUUCACUACGGCUACCACGAAUGCAUGAAGAACCUGGUGCAUUAUCUCACCACCGUGGAGCGCAUGGAGACGAAGGACACCAAGUACGCGCGCAUCCUCACCUUCUUGCAGUCCAAGGCCCGCUUGGGCACCGAGCCCACCUUCCAGCCUCUGGGGUCGCUCUCGGAGCAGGAUUUCUCCUAUCAGCUGCACCCAGCGGGGCCCGAGUUUGGGGGCCACAGCCCCGGUGAGGCCCCUGUAUUCCCGCAGGGUGCAGCCCCGGGGUCCUUCUCCUGGCCACACAGCACGGCCCGAAGCCCGGGGCUGCCCUACCUGCCCACCACACCUGUGCCCCUCCCAAGCCCCACUCAACAGCACAGCCCUUUCCUCGCACCCGUGCAGGGCCUGGACCGGCACUACCUCAACCUGAUCGGCCACGCACACCCCAACGGCCUCAACCUGCACACUCCCCAGCAUUCCCAGGUGCUCUGACACCUGCCCCUCCCCCGCCUGAUUUCUCUGGGCAUUGGGCGCUGCUUAGGAGAGAUACUGUAUAUUGUACAGGUGUAUAUAUUGUGCGGACAAACAGCUGGGUGGGGCAACGCCAAGAGCAAAUCCAGUCUUCUGAAGGAUCUCCCCCUGGCAAUAAAUGUUUUCUGUUAAAGACCCAAAGAGAUGGGUUUCUUUGUUACCUCUGCUCCUCCACAACCCAUCCCCUCAGAGGU